GUGCUGACACAAAACAAUGGCAGUGACAUAAUUUAAGAUAUGUCAGUGCAAGUUGCUUUCAGUAAAAACAGCUCAAACAAGCAUUUUAGUCUGGGACUAGACCAGGGGUAGGCAAGUUCGGUCCUUCAUUUGAAGUAAAAUCAAUGUUUUAAUUUGAAGUUUGAAAUGAAAACUAAAUCAAUGCAACUAUUAUUGUGAAAAGCUAUAAAGAUCCCAACUGCGCUCAAAACGACAUCAAAGAGGAGGAAGGUUGUACAUUUUUCCUGUUCAGACAUCAUCUGCAAUAUGGAUCGUCUGGCGUCUUUUGGAAAUGAUCCUUUUGAUAAGCCUCCCUGUCGUGGAUGUUCAUCAUAUCUAGUGGAGCCCUACAUUAAGUGUGCUGAAUGUGGACCGUCACCUUUCCUCCUGUGUCUGCAGUGCUUUACAAGAGGAUAUGAGUAUAAAAAGCACCAGAGUGACCACAAGUAUGAAAUCAUGACAUCAGCUGUGUUGGAGCCUGGCUGGACCGCGCAGGAGGAGAUGGCUCUUUUAGAGGCCGUCAUGGACUGUGGUUUUGGUAACUGGUAA